AUGGGACAGCAAGGCAGUAUCAGCGAACCGGCCCCGUCCUUUGCGGAUGUGUGUGGUGCGCUGGAAGCCGGUGAGCGAGUGACCAGUUCCGAAAGCUUGGAUUCGAACCUGCCCAAGAUUCCGGACAAGUUCCAGCGACUGGCGCUGCUCGGUCAUCUGGAGGUGGAUGCCGAAAUCGCCCGUGGCAUUUUCUUGCGAGAAUCCCUUCGGCAAGGUGGGCGGCUGUGGCUGACCUGUCCCGCGAAGUUGGAUGAGAAGUCUUGCGCGGCUUUGUGGAAUCGGUCCCGGCCAGUCAAACGGUUCGACGUCUUCCUCUCUCACGCAUGGAUGACGGCGGGCAGGUGGAAGCUGUUGUCCCUCUUGAUGCAAUCGGGCUCGCACCAGGUACUCUUUGUUUGGGUACUCGGGGUAGGUGCUGCAGCCGCGCUCAGUCUGCUUGGACUCCUCCCUUCCCCCUGGACGUUCCAAGCGCGUGUAGAUGGCCUCGAUGUCUCAAUCCCUUUCGGUCCAUGGAUUCUGCUUGCGAGCUUUCUGGCAACCUUCCUGGGUCUCGUCUCGGCACCUUACUUCCCGAGCACACGCCGUCAGUCUGACAUUUGCUUCGUGGAUGUGGCCAGCAUACACCAAUCAGAUAAGGAUCUCAUGGAGAGGGGUAUCUACGGCAUAGGUGGGUUUCUCAGCAUAUCUGCAGAGCUGCGAGUGCUGUGGUCGGCUCCGUACUUGUCAAGAUUGUGGUGCGUGUUUGAGCUGGCCGCAUUUCGCACGGCAAACCCCAGCGGGAAAAUUACUCUGUCUCCACUCUUCGUGGAGAUGAUCGUCGUGAUGAUUUUGCUUAUGCAGUAUUUCUACCUGGGAAUCUGGUGGAGUCUUAGGACCUUGCGCUCAGAGGUUUGCUUCGAUCUGUCUCAUGCUCUAGGAGUCCUGCCUUCCUUCGUGGUGCUGCACGUGCUGCGCAAAGUACAUGUGGUCAAGCAUACACUCUUUUCGAAGCUGGAAAGCUUCGACAUCAGUGAGGCGCAGUGCACCAGCGAUUUCGACAAGAACUUCAUCCGCACUGCAAUCGUCCAGUGGUAUGGCAGCGAGGGCGCCUUUACCGACUUCGUCCGCGGCCCGCUGAGAAAGGAACUGGCGGCCAGUGCACAUUGCUGCACCUUCUUCGACUAUGAGCUGCUUUUGCUGUCGCCUGUGGCUGCCUCCGUCUUGACAGUGAUCUGCGGGUCUUGGUUGGGGGGCCUCCCCCAUCCUGCCAUUGCAGUUCAGGUGGUUUCCACAAUCAGCCUCGGCCUAGUUUGGGGGCGGCUGAGCAUCAAACUGAGCCUCUGCCUCUGCGACCGCUUCGCGCAGCCCCGGUGGAGUGAUGCCCGGGACUACCUGCAGACGCUGCUGGUCUUUCUUAUCUUUGCGGCAUUUGUCUUCGCUGCCACGGUGCUGUCCCGCGCCGCAAAAUCGUGCAGUCUGAAGGCCUCUCUGGCCUUCCUUCUCUUCGGCCUUCUCAGCAGCUGCCUCUCCUCGAGGCUAGCGAGGAUGAGUUGGCGGCUCUGA